AGUAGUGAGCGUCGUGAUCGCGCCCAGGGGCUGCGGAGAUCCCUUAGAGUGGGCUCGAGAUCGCUCCGAGUGGGCCCGAGAGCGCGGCGGCUGCUCGACCCCCGUCGGCCGCAGCAUGGCGGACGAGGAGCUGGAGACGCUGAGGAAGCAGAGGCUGGCCGAGCUGCAGGCGAAGCACGGGGAUCCUAGCGAUGCAGCACAACAAGAAGCAAAACACAGGGAAGCAGAAAUGAGAAACAGUAUCUUGGCCCAAGUUCUGGAUCAGUCAGCCCGGGCCAGGUUAAGUAAUUUAGCCCUUGUAAAGCCUGAAAAAACUAAAGCAGUAGAAAAUUAUCUUAUACAGUUGGCAAGAUAUGGACAACUCAGCGGGAAGGUAUCAGAACAAGGCUUAAUAGAAAUCCUUGAAAAAGUAAGCCAACAAACAGAAAAGAAAACAACAGUUAAAUUCAACAGAAGAAAAGUAAUGGACUCUGAUGAAGAUGAUGAUUAUUGAGCUAAAAUGUUUAGAGACUGGACCUUAAUAAAACAAUUCUAGUACUCUGAUUAAUUGUUUACUUUGUUUAUUGUCUAUAUGCCUUUAAAAAAUAAACUUGUUAUUCAAAAUAAA